UGGACCCAGCACCCACCCAGGACCACCGGGGGGGGUGGGUCUGCUUGUGCUCUUUACAUUUUUGUUUUUUUUUGUAAAUUUUAAUUAGAUUUUUUUUAACUUCUUUUCCUGGUUUUUGGGAGUGGGCUCCAGGCUGGACCGCAUGCAUGACACAACGCAAAGGCGCGAAACCCACCAUCAGCAUCCAGGAGCACAUGGCCAUUGACGUGUGCCCCGGCCCCAUCCAGCCCAUCAAGCAGAUCUCGGACUACUUCCCCCGUUACCCGAGGGGCCUCCCCCCUGCUGCGCCCCUCCAAGCGGGCCACGCCGGGCCCCUGCGCUCUGCCCUCUCCACCUCCUCCUCCUCCACCACAGCAGCAGCAGCAGCAGCAGCUCCUGCUGAAAGUGAGAGACCCAAUGAGGACACCCCGGAUCGGGCUUGUGCCGGAGCCUCAGCCGCCUCGGCCACCCCGUCCGCCGCCGCCUCCAUACAGGCCGCCAAGAGGGACGAGGAGCCCGACGUGGAGGCAUACGACUCUGACGACUCCACCACGUUGGGGACCUUGGAGUUCAGUUUGACGUACGACCAGGAGAACAAUGCACUACACUGCACCAUUAACAAAGCCAAGCUUCCUGUGCCCAGAUACAAGAAGGGCCUCAAGCCGAUGGACCACAACGGGCUUUCGGACCCUUACGUCAAGUUACAUCUUCUGCCUGGUGCCAGCAAGGCAAAUAAACUCAGAACCAAGACGCUGCACAACACACUCAACCCUGUGUGGAGCGAGACGCUGACCUACUACGGCAUCACCGACGAGGAUAUUGUCCGAAAAACACUCAGGAUCUCAGUGUGUGAUGAGGACAAAUUCCGCCACAACGAGUUCAUCGGGGAAACGCGAAUCCCUCUCAAGAAGCUGAAGCCCAACCAAAUCAAAAACUUCAACAACUGCCUGGAGAAACAGCUUCCUGUCAACAAGACGGAGGAGAAGUCCCUGGAGGAGCGAGGACGCAUCAUGAUUUCGCUAAAGUACAACACCCAGAAGUCUUGUCUGGUCGUCGGCAUCAUACGCUGUGCUCAUCUCGCCGCCAUGGACGCCAACGGCUUCUCCGACCCCUACGUCAAAACGUACCUGAAGCCAGACGAGAACAAAAAGUCAAAGCACAAGACUGCUGUGAAGAAGAAGACGCUCAAUCCAGAGUUCAACGAGGAGUUCUCUUAUGACAUAAAAUAUGCAGACCUCACCAAAAAGACUUUGGAAGUGACCGUGUGGGACUACGACAUUGGAAAGUCCAAUGAUUUUAUAGGUGGUGUAUCUCUGGGUAUCAAUGCAAACGGAGAGAGGCUCAAACACUGGUUUGACUGCCUCAAAAACAAGGACAAGAAAAUUGAGCGCUGGCACACGCUGACCAACGAAUUACCCGGUUCUUUAAAUGACUGAGGACCCGCCACAUCCUGUCCCAUUUCCAACCACUUGGCCACCAUUUUCUCCCUCGGCUGUACCGCGUAGGACUCGUCCAUCAGGAUCUUCAUCUCUGGAUUAUUCCCACAGCGACCUGUGACUCGUCUCUCUGGGGAUUAUUCCCCUUUAACAGGGCUCAACUAAAGAAAAGAAACCACCUAAAUUCUCCCACUUGUACAGGCUGCUCAUGUAUUUUUCUUGUUUCAGUGAAGACCGUCCGUCGAUGAAUUCUUUGAAUAAUCAUUUCUCAAUUUGCUCCUCCACAGCAGUCUUUCACAGCACAAAAUAACGUCUUCAUGCGGUCAUCUCUGAGGGUUUAAGGUGAGCGUCAAACAAAGGAUGUAGCAAAACGUCGUUUAAACGGAAUCCCACGUAAUAUGUCGUGUUGUAGGAGGAGCAUCUGAACACAUGAGCUCAAACUCAUAUUUGAUGAACGGUCAUCGUUUUACUUUCAGUCGAGUUGACCGCGUGAGAAUGGCGCAUUGAGCAGUGGUUCCCAAAGGCUGGGUUGGGACCCACAUAUGGGUCGCGGGAGAUCAUUUUUGGGUCAUUUGCAGAAUUUUCCCAACCAUUUUGUUUUAAUGAAUUUACCAAACCUCUCACGGAAAUGAUUCGUUUACCCAUUCAAAAUGAUAUUAGCUGUCACAGAAAUGUCGCUAAAUAAGUAAAUUAUGCAGAAAUUAGCUCUUUUUGCGAUUUGGGUCUUGGUUGUUUGCCAUCUUUAAAGAAAAGUGGGUCCUCAUAUUAAAAAAAAGUUUUGGAAACACUGCCAUAGAGAAACACGACCAUCCUCAAAAAGACUGGGAGACGGCUUCGUCCAUCACUGUGCAGAUAUGAAUGUUCUUUCUAACUAACAAACGGGAUUCCUGUCCAUUGAGAACAAAAGUAAAACUGACACUAAUGACGCUUUUCCACGACAUGGCUCCGGCACGACUCGGCACGGCGCGGUUAUUUUGCGUUUCCAUCAGUGAUAGUACCUGGUACCUGGUACUUUUUUUAGUACCUGCUCUGUCGAGGUUCCAAGCGAGCUGAGCCCGUACUACAACGUCACAUCAUCAGACUGCCAGCCACUGAUUGGUCAGAGAGUGUCGUCACUGGAAGAGUCGUGAGUACCAUGUCCGACACAAGAAUCAAAGUGAACAAUGCCGAACUGUCGAUCAGUUAUAAACACUUAAACAUCCCCGAAAACCUGCUUUAAUCUCCAGCAUUGAGCAAAGAAAAUGUCUAAAAUGUCGAUAUUUAACAGAGGAGUCUGGUGUAUUUAGCGACAGCACUGUGUCAGACAGUGCAGGAAGUACUGAACCAAAUCCUUUUUUAAAUUAGCUGAUUCUAAUGAUUCAGUUACACCCAAAACAACUGCUUUACAAGUCACUAGUUUGUGUUUUUGUGUCGCGUAGAAAACAACGCCACGGCAGUUUCAUGCAGCCGUGCUGUGAUGACCCCGCCCACAUUGAGGAGGUACUAUAGUAAUAGAAAACCAAUCAAACUGUGUUGAGCCGUGUUGCGCCAUGCCGUGCCGUGCCAUGCCGUGCCGUGCCGUGCCGAGGCGAGUCGAGUCGAGUCGAGUCGUGCCGGGACCAUGUUGUGGAAAAGCAGCAAAAUGGGAACAAAAGUAAAAGUUUUGUGCGAGUAAUGCGCGAGUAAUCCACAAAACUUAAAUUUAAAUAUCCCUUUAUUCUCCACAGCUUUGUGGCUUGAUUUUAUCAGAAGUACAAGAAUGAGCAACAACAUUAAAACGCGUGAGUUUUAAGGAUAUUGCAGUAGAUUUGGUCAGAGUGACACUGACACUGCAAAAAAAAUUAGAACAGACAUAAUGUAGUAAUAUCAGCCUGUGGACGUAAAUAAGCAGGUUUCAUAUGCACCUGAUCAUUCUGAUAAUGUGUGUAUGGUGGAAACGCUCACAGGAACCACACGGCCUUGAUUCCCCUGCUGACAGGAAAUCACCACAGAGUUGGGGCAGCUUUUACGGCUCAUUGUUUACACUCAGUCAUUUUUCAGCUGUAAUGUGGACGGAAAUAUUCCUGCUGUGCCUCAGAAGGGGCAAAAAAAAAAAAAAAUGCAGAAAGUUUACAUGAAAUAUCCUUUAAAAAAAAAAAUGAAAGAAAUCCGACUAAUAUUAGCAUGCAUUGUUUACAACAGUCACUCUUGCUGAAGUUCAAGUUUGCUGCGGACAAAAAGACUGGUACGACGUGAGAACCGAAGAUUUUUUUUUUUUAAAUAUAUUAUCUGUGUACGUAAAAACUGUUGCUUAAUACGUUUGUUUUAUUUCUGUCGUAAGCGGCUCCACUUUCAGUGUGCAGUAUCAAACAGAAUGUACAUGUUUAACCUCUAACUAUUCCACAGUGAAUCCUCUGAGAAUGUGCACCUCAGUGCUCUGUGUGUUGUUGAUAGUUUACGUCAAAUCCCCUCCAAAAAAAAACACAUCCAGGACAUGGAAAUGGAGCCCAGGAGCAAACUACAGGUGAUUUGUCGCUCACGUCACACACGAGAUUUCCUCUAAUCCUUUUAUUUGUUUUCAUUCUCAUGUUUUAACCAACCUGAGACCAUUUGUAGUCUUGAAACAGGACUGAAAAACAUGUAAUCCUGUGUUGACCUUGUGGACCUGAUAGGCUGGGACGCAUGCCAUGUAUUUGAGUUUGAUUCUGCAGUAUAACCUUUUCUGCAUGUCCCCCCCCCCCCCCCCUCGCCUGACCUUGUAAACACAGAAACAAUUGUACCGAUAUAAUUCAGGAUUUCUGUCCAGCUUUGUGUCACGACGUCAUGUCCGUGCAUGUCGGCUCUGUCAGUGUGGCUGACUGAUUUUAUGACUGAAAUCACGUAAACGCACUAAAAAUUCAGCAGUUAAUGUGAAGUGAAUGUUACAAACAGCCUGACUAACUUUGUUAACCCACACUUUUGUUGUUUUGUGACAUCAUGUCCCUCUAACUAUUGAUGGCCGUUCAGAUGUAUUGUCUUUAAAAGGGAGACGUGUGACAAGACCAUUCGCAAAUGUCAGCUACACAAAUUUACUGCAAACUGACCCGUUUUCUGAGUGCGUUUUCAGAGAAUGUGAAGAGAACACAUCGAUGUAGUGAAGUGAAAUACAAUAAGCUGGUGUCAACAUGGGGCAGUGAGUGCAGUGCAUGCUGGGAGUUGUUGUCGUUCACCUACAUGGGCCAACAUUACAUUUUUCUGCCUUUCUUGGCGAAGAAGGCACUUGCUUCAAAUAUUAUUUCACAUUUCCUCUACAUGGAUGACCCAGUUUAAUAGACAUUCAUAUCUUUCCAACGGUGAAAUAUGCCUUUAAUGUUGUGUUCUGUCGUCCGGCAAAAAUAGAACACCUAUCGCUUAUUUUUCUGUUCGGUGCGACAGACUGACCUGAACAACGACGGAGCCUGUAUGCAUCAUGAAAAAUGAAAAAUGUAAGCGUUGUGAGAGAACAAAAGUAUUUCCCUCUGUCUACAGACUCUGAUCAAUUCUAUAAUUUGUCACUUAAAACUUUCGGUAACUGAAUAUAGAACAUCUUGGGCUGAAAUUGUCUGGCUGACGCAUUGAAAACCAGGAAGUGACCGUGCACAUAGUCAAUUUAAAAAUGGUUCACAAGAUGAGUCAGUUUCAGUGUCCGCCUUUUGUCGCAUUCACAGCGUCACAAUUGUUUCUGAAAGCUCCAGUUUGACACGCUGUGUUCCCCAAACAAAUUUACUGAAUUUUCCCAACCUUUUAGUUGAGAUUUUUUUGUAUCUGUUUUAAGUAACAUAACAUACAAUUAAGUUUUACUGAAUUUACUAAACAUCUCUUGGAAUUAAAAGUGUAAAUUAUCAUGAUUUGUACUGGGAUCUGGGUCUUGGCUGUCUGCCAUUAUUGAAAAGUGAAUUUCCUGUUGAUUGUAAAUUAAUAUAUCAGAAAAGAUUUCCAACACAUUAUUUUUUUCAUCACCUUGAUGUUACCACAGGACAGACACGUCAAACUCACAUCGGGCCUGAGAUACAGUUAUAGCUGGCCCGCAAUCAUACUACAAAUCCCAUAAUGCACUGCAGUACCUGUGAGCUCCAACCAGUUUGUUUGUAUUUGAAAUAUUCUCAAUUUGCUUGAAGGUAAUGUUAAUGAACGAUAUUUAAAAUUCUAUUUAUUAUAUAGAGAGAUGAAAUGUUGUUCAAAUGUUCAUAUCUCUGGUUAAAUCAUGGUAAGUUUUAGACAGUUAUAUAUAAAUAAAUAAAUAAAUAAAUAAAUGUUAAUCCAGUUUGGCCUGCAACUGAGAUCAUGUUUUAAAUUUCGGUCCCUUCUGUGAUUGAGUCUGACGUCCCUGCCGUCGCGAGUUCACGUUUGAAUUUAUAGUUUUUUGUGUUUGAAUGUGUCCUCAGGUGAGUGAGUGGAGUCUGAGUAAUGUGACAUGACUGCGUUGUCAUCUUGGCGCACAGGGUUUCCUUCGGUUGCUUAGCAACAACAAGUGAGACGGGAGCGCGACACGUCAAAAAUGUAAUCAACAGGUUUACAGACACUACAUCUCAAACGGCCCUUUGUUUCCCCACCUCUCAUCACAUCACAUUCAUUUUACAGUAAAUGUGAUUUAUUAUGAAAUGUUAAAUUCAUCACACCAGGCCUCGCAUGUCGUCUUCAGCCACAAAGCAGCUGUGAAAGCACGUCUUCAUCUCAGUAUUCUCCUCCACACAGUAGUGAUCCCCCUCUUCUCUCUCUCUCUCUCUCUCUCUCUCUGUGGAAUAUGUAAUGAAAACAACCGAUAUGUGAUUUUGAUUUUGUAACAAUGUCUGCCUUUGUAUGCAAAAAGCUCCACAUUAUGAAAACAAAUGGGAUAAAAAAAACAAAAAAAACACACAAAAACAAACAUAUCUGCAUGCAUAUGUUGUUGGUUUUGUCAUGAGAUGACUUUGCCUAAUGUUUGAUACUGUUUUCUGUACAAAAGAAAGAAAAAGCGUCAAUAUACACGCGUGUGGAAGCUCUGAGAUUAUUAUGCUACAAGUCCGUCUUUUCUUCUGGAGAACAUUUUUGUACCUUUGAACACUAACCGCGUCGGCUGUUUGGCUGCUGUAUCUGGAAGCGUGACUUGAUGUAAACUAAACUCUCUCUCUUUGUUUUCUUGUUUUCUUCCCCCCUGUUUUCAACACUCAGGCACUUGUUUGCAUUUCUCUGGUUUGUUGAAUGUAUGACUAUGAGUUAUGUUGUCCCAAAUUAUAUUUUAGUCCUAUGCCAAAUGGA